AUGAAUACCAGUAAAUGCAUACUUUGCUUAUACAUUUUAAUUCAAGGAUCUGAUGGUGUUAUAUUUGAAAGAUUUAUCGAAGCAAUAGGAUUUCCAUAUUAUAAACUCUCUUUUAUUUUAGGAAAUUGCCAAGAGAGUCGCAUUUACUUCGAAAAUAAGGCGUGGCCUACCGCUCGAAUGAACCGAAUAUUGGAUAUCUAUUACAAAAGUGAAAUAAAUGACUUCAAAGUAUCAAGUGUAAAAAUUAAAUUAGUUAUCAACAACACAGACUGUGUGGGCUAUUCCGAACGCGGCGUUGGCUAUCCUGAAUUUUCGGCUACAAUAUUUUUUGCAACCAAUAUGGCUGUUAUUUUUUAUUCUCUCUCAAUAUAUACUUGCAGUCGUGCUUAUGAGAAAGUUAAUAUAACUGUAGACACGGACUUAAUACCCGAUUUACCGUUCUUGAAUGAAAAACAAAAUGAAGACGAUGAUUAAACCUAAAGAGAAUUUAACUGAUAAAUACAUAUCUUAGUUUAUUUAACUAUUAAUGUACUUCCUGAUAGCUGCCAAAUAGUCGUAGCUACCAUAUAGGCGUAAUACAUAGUUUGCUAACCACCUUAUCCCAGUGUGCUUAAAAUUGUUAUCUAGUAACCCACAGGAACACAUGUGUCUUGAUAUAUGAAAAUUCCAUAAGUAUUUGUGGACAUUUGUU